AUGGAAAAAAAUAAUUAUUAUGAUGAGAAUAUAGAGUUGAGUGAUAGUGAAGAUGUGUUUGAUUUUCAAGUGUUAGAAGAUAUUGUGGAAGACAAUGUUGAUUAUAAUUCUGACACUUCAAGUAGUGGUUCCGAAAUUAUACUACCAAAGAGACGACGAAUGAUAGUUAUUGAAAAUGAAAGCGAAGAGUCGCUGGAAGACUUAGAUGAAUGGCGCGAUGUCACGGAAGAAUUAGAUAUUCCGGAUAGAAUACAUUUUAGCGUAUCGCCAAAGGUCAUUGGACCACAAAUUCCUACAAAUAUUGUACAGCCGAUACAAUAUUUUAAAUUAUUUUUUACAAACGAACUGGUAAAUGAAAUUAUAAAAGAAACCAAUUACGCAGAAAAUGUUCUAAAGAAUAAAGAAAUAUUUAGUAAUUCUAUUUGGCAAACGUGGCGUGCGGUGGAAGAGGAUGAGUUUUGGGCUUUUAUUGGAGUUAUUAUAAAUAUGGGUACGAUACCCCCGGCGAAUAUGCAGGAAUACUGGUCAGUUAAGGAGAAUAGUCGCAUCUCUUUCUUUAGCAAAAUAUUUACAAGAAAGAGAUUCAUGCAGAUAUUCUGGAUGUUGCACUUAAAAACACUGGAUCCUGCGAAAAAUGAUAUUAGAACACGUAUUCAACGAGCAUCUAAUUUUUUGGAAUAUAUAAACUCAAGAUUUUCAGACUAUUUUAUACCUGGAGAAAAUAUAUGCGUUGACGAAUCUGUAGUUAAAUUUAAAGGAAAGAUAAGCUUCAUCACAUACAAUCCCAAUAAACCUACCAAGUGGGGCAUUCGAAUAUACGUUCUAGCAGAUUCCGAAACUGGAUAUGUGUAUAGCAUUCUUCCAUAUUAUGGAAGUAUCACUUCCGAAAAUCUGCCAAGGCGAAAUUUACUGGUCAGCACCAGAAUUACCCUGCAUCUGUACCAACAAUUAUUAGAUCGGGUACCUACCGCAGAAGGAUAUCAUAUGCAUACCGACAGGUAUUACAUUAGUAUACCCUUAGCUGAAGAAUUAAGAAAAAUGAAAUGCCACUUGACCGGUACCAUACAAACAAACAGAAAAGGUGUUCCAACAAGUCUGAAGAAACCAAAAUUAAGAGAAAAAAAAACUGUCGCAUACAAACGAGGAAAUACAAUGCUCUUAGCUUGGAGGGAUAAGAGAAUAGUAACGUUAUUGAGUAACUGGCAUAAUGUUGGAAUGAUAACCACUAAUAGAUUUAUUCGAGGUGGUACAAACGAAGUAAUCGAAAAGACAAGUAUAGCUGUCGGGUACACAAAGUCGAUGGGUGGUGUUGAUCGGGCUGAUCAAUACGCCUCCAGUUAUUGCUUUUUGAGGAUGUCACUUAAGUGGUGGCGGAAACUAUUCUUUUGGGGAAUGGAGAUGUCAAUAAUUAAUUCAUACAUCUUGUAUAAAACUGUACAGCACAAUAAAAAUGAGAAAGCACUGACGCAUUUAAAGUACAGGAAAAUUUUAGUCGAUCAACUCGUAGGAGAUUUUCGUCAGGAGAGAACAAGAGUUUGUACAUCAAUUUCUGAAAUCAGACUACGGAAAACUGUACAUAAUGAGGAAAGGUCCAAAGAGGGACUGUGUUGUGUGCUCUACAAGGAAACAAAGGGAUGGCAGACGUCAAACAAGUGA